AGCUAGACAUAAGUGGCGGACACUGGUUGGUCAUCUCGGAGCCUUGUCCCCCUGGAACCAAAUCUUUGCCAACCAGAGUUUCCUUCGAUGUAAAGCAGAGUUUAUUUUGUCCCACGGUGGACUUUGUGAGAAAGAGAGACAUGAACACUUGGAUCCGCUGUAGAUGUAUGACUUUUUGGAACUCCAUCCAACUCAGCCCCAUCCUCGUCCUCGCCCUUGUCCUUUGUCCAAGUCCAAGGUCCAAUUCAGCAGCGGUGCUUCAUGCUUUCGCCUCAAAGCCUCCAUAUCUAUUUCCAUAAAUUAUGGUAGGCUGACGACUGUAGAAUUCUUAGCGGUUGCUACCAGCAGCUAUGUCCACGUCCGUGUACCCUUGUGCAAUACAACGAAGUGUACGUCAGACCUCAAGAUUCUGUGCGGCUGAAGAGAAUCUAUGUGAAAUAUCAGCGGAAGGUCUAAGGUUAGUCAGUGGAGCUAAUGCACGUUUAUUUCGGAAGAUGGGUUUUUGUGGAAUCUCGUGGAGAAGUUGCCACACUAUCAUAAAUUUUACCGAGACAAUAAAUGGCAUGUGUACAUGGCAAAAGCGCUUUUAGGUCUGUCUUCCGAUCUACCCCGGAAGCUUCCAUCGUUGAAGGACGGUCACAAAAACCUCAAAGGGUGUGGAGUUACGAAGAACUGCUACGAGCAUGAUCUGGACUGCCAAAAGUGUCCACAGAAGUUAUAGGAGUCGAACAAGAAGUGGAGGUCAUGUAAGGACGAUGAAAGGGAGGGAAUGACCUAAAAAGGAAGUGAUCCCACACUCACAGAAAGAGCACCCAGGAGGAUCCGCAUGGUGUAAACAGCAGUUUUACUUCAAGUUUUUAAAUACGAAACGUUUACUCACUUGGGUUGGAGUUCUGGCAUCUCGCGCCUUUCACUCUGGCAUGGCAUGAAAACCAGGCAAAUAGUGCACCCACCCACGUUCAACACAACAGGAGAGAUGGCUGGUGCACAGAGAUACGGGACAGUACAGUACAUACUCUGGAGAUUCGUUCAAGGUUCCCUCCCACCCAUUGAAGAGAACGGCAAGUGAAGGCCAUGGCUGGCUGGUGGCCCUCAUCGAACCUGCUCCCACUUUGCAGGGAGAUCCAUUUACGCUCCCACAAAAGGGGCACUUGGGAUUGAUGAGAGGACUCACGAGCAUAGGCAGAGGCAGAGCAGGGCAUUGUGGUCGUUGCCUGCGAUCCCUUCCCACCACCACCACCGCCAGUGUUUGUAGCUGAACAAGUUCUUACUCCAAUUCCCAAAGGAAUCUCUUCAGACUACAAUAAAUUAUUACAUAGCAAUUGCAGCAAGGGCUUGGCAUAGGCUAGGGGUAAACAGGAUAGAGAACAGACAGUAUGAAUAUGGGGAUCAUGAGAUUGAAAAAGCUUUUAUGAAUGUCCUCAUCAGAUAGAAUACAGAUCAAACAGAGGAAAAUACAGUGGGUAAUGGGGGAAUGCCUCCGGCGAACACUUUUGCAGCCAUAUCACCGGAUCUUCGGAUGUGACUGUGACCGCUGCCCUCAACAGAAGGAACGACCGAGAUCACAGUAGACGAUAUGCUCUAUGGACACAUAUUUUUAGAUAUCAUGAUCUCGAGGCGCGACGUUCCCCACCCUUUGGAUAAGAUAAAUGUAGCGGACUUCAAAGUAGACACUUCUGCAUUGGCAGGAGCGGUAACAGCCUCUAAUUUUAUCCCCUACUACUCUCAGCGAAGCUUGUCUGAAGCCUGGAUGAAGGUACAUACCAUCCCAUCCACCUUCAUUGGGACGUCAAGGGACGUCUUUCGAUUCAUCUCUACAGAAGUUUCCGCGUUUGAUGUUGGAAGUGGACAGAUAGCUCGCCCCGUUAGUCUUCUGGUAUACAUUCAUGUGAUUUGACCGUGUUCUAGUGUCUGUUCUUUUACCUCCCAUUUCUUUAUGUGCCUUUGUGUAAGAUUUUAACAGAAAAUUUGUGUUUGUACCAGAAAGUCCACGAUAGAUCCACUUACAGAUUUUAAAAAACGUCGUUCUCUUAUGCUUUGUACAAGGAGCACUUUUGCUGUGUCAUCAGAUUCUCACGCGCGCUCCAAAUUUCAUCUGUUUCAUGAGAUCGCAGCUACUUUACCGCUGAAUGUCAAAACGAUGCAUGUGAUU